UCAUUCACAGGAGAAGAAGGUGAAUCCAGCGUCUGGGGGACUUCUCUGUCUGUCUGCUGGCAACCUGAUCGACUAACGUCACCAACGCUCAUAAAGUGGAGAAAUACAGGAAAUGAACAGAGCUGUCUUUUUCUGCAAAGCCGACCGGUUCAGUUGUUGCAGUCUGGUGGUUGUGAUUUUGGAUUGAAGCCUAUUGUUAUCAUUUACAAGCUCUCUUAUAUGUAACAUCAACUGCAUUAUAGUCAUCUGAUUUAUUACUGUGGAGCAAGCCCACCCUGAUUUGGACUGAAAACAACGUUGUCUUCACCGCAUCUGACCUCUAUCCAACCGAAAAAAUGACCACAAUCGAUAAGGAAGGUUGCAGAGAGGCUUACAACGAAGUGAGAGACGAUAAUACGGACACCAUGUGGGCUGCGUUCACAUAUGAAGGCUUUAAGAUCGUGCCUGCGGGACAAGGGACUGAGUAUGAUGACUUCAAGAAGAUGUGCACAGAUGAUUCCCGUCUGUUCGGCUUCGUCCGGAUCAUGAUGGGAGACGCCAUGAGCAAACGAGCAAAGUUCACCCUCAUCACCUGGAUCGGAGAGAACAUCGGUGGUCUUCAGCGCGCAAAGAUCAGCACUGACAAGGCAAAAGUGAAAGAGAUUGUGCAGAAUUUUGCCAAGGAGUUCAUGUUGAGCGACCAGAGGGAACUGGACGAAGACUACAUUCGUGAGGAGCUGAAGAAGGCGGGAGGAGCCAAUUAUGAUGCUCAGACGGAGUAGAGGAGUGCGACGGUCCACUGGAAGGGUUGAGGGUCUGGUUAUGGCAGGGUGGGGUGGGACGGGUUGGGAUGAGAAGGGGGUCGGGGAGUGUUGGGGUUGGGCUGCUACCUCUGAGGGAGAGGACGAGGCAGGAUGAAGAAGAUGUUUGGUGAAAGGGAACGGCACAAACUGAGCACACUCAUUUUACUUUCAAAGUGGAACAAGAGCUUAAUGUGAACUAUUUGUCAAUUUAAGAAAAACACAGGAACUCACUAAUACUAAGUGGCUCAUCACACGCAGAUCUCAUACCAUCACAGCACUGCGUAUGCUGCUUUAUAAAAUGACUUCUUACAAAUCUGAAGAUGUCAUUGGUUAAACAGCUUCUUAUUGGGCUCUCAACAAUAGCUUUAGAGUUUGAUUGUAGAUCAGUUUCUGAGUGUAUUGGCGUACGUCCUCACAAUACACAUGCUGUUGGUGCAUCACUGACAUGAAGACCUGCUUCAGGGCCCCUUUAUACCUGAUUUGAACAAAGCUUUUGUGUGAGCUCAUAACUUGGUUGACAGAUCACAUCCAUCAGUGAAAUAUUUCUUCUGAGAUUUUUCAUUUUUGCACACAUUAAGAAACUUGAUCAAUACCACUUUCAUGUCUGGAAGGUGAAUUUAUGCUACUCUCGCAGCCGGUUAGCUUAGCUUAGCUUUAAGAAGCAGUGAAACAUCAAGCCUUGCUCUGUCCGGAGAAAACACAAUCUGUAACUCUGGACCAUGGAUACUUGAAAGUUAAUCUUAUUUGUUUAUUUGUAUAAAGAGCGAAAUGUAAAAAUGAAACUGUUGCCAGGCAACCAGCAGACCCUCCAGAAAAUCACUGUUCCUGCCAUAGUUGUUAACAUCACAUAUUGCAAAUAUGAGGCCGUCUUGGUCUAAUGUAGGUAACCACUCUUUCCAUGUCAGAGUCAGGCUAGCUGUUUCCCCUUUCCUUCUCGUCUUAAUGCUAAUAUUAGCUGAACUGCUGCUGGCUGUAGCUUCUUAAUGAGCUGACAGAUAUGAGAGAGGUAUUGACCUUUCACUCUUCAACUCAUUAUUAUAAGGCAAAUAUACUGGAUACACAUCAUACACACACGAAUGCAUCAUCAGAAACAAGUGGAUGAUUGCUCUUUAAGAUCACAAACUGCCUUCUCUCCUCUCCUACCCUCGGUCCUCUCCCCGGUCAGCUCAUGGUUGGUUAUCCACUGUUCUGUGCAUCAUCAUCUCAUACUCAUCCUCAUCUCAGCUAAGCUGUCCGGCUGUUUCAAAUUAAAUCACGGCUUCAGCAUUGGAGAUAAAAUGUAAUGAGGAUGUAAGAAACUGAAGAGUUUCACUCCAAAUUUGAAGUGAACAACAACAAGAUUGAAUCUUUUUAACAAUGUUGUAAGAAUCAGUUCAUUGGCAAGAGCGAAUGCUUCUUUUUGAAAUGAAACUCUUUACGUGCAGGCAUGUGUUUGACACCAGAGCAUGCACUCAGUCAUGAUACACUGUACCUCCAGGAAGAAAAGAUCUCCAUUUUGUAACAAUAUCCUUUUUGAUGGUUUGUUUGGGUAAGCUUGAGUCAUAGUGCUAAGUACACAUUAAACCACCUCUUCAUCUCCAGCCAGACAGCCGUGUUUGGAUUACAGCCUUAAAUUAAACCAUUGCAUCUGACCCUGAGAUGGGCUGUAAUUCAUCCUCCUGUCAAUUGACAUUUGUGCUUUGUGCUGUGAUUUCCUUUUCUCACUAGUGCAAAUGUGACUUUUGCACAUAGCUCAUUGCUUAAUGGACCUGAGCUUGUCAAACCCAGGAGGAGCCAUCUCGGUUGUAGCAUCUCUUUAUUUGGUUUCAACCCUCCCCCCCUCCCUGCAAAAACAUAGGAUUCUUUUUCCCUCGUACCUUUUUAGUUUUUGAGAUGAAUUUUAUGUUAUCUGGAGAGUUUUACCUUUUGAUUUUAUUUGUAUGAGCAUUGUUAUCUUGGACAUUGGCAGAAGAGAUUUUCAAAAAAAAAAAAAGGAAAAAAGAAAGAAAAACAAAGUGGGCACAAGAACAGUCAUGUCAAA